ACAGCAGAGAGUUUUUUUUUAAUUUUAGGUCCUACUUGUGAAGCCUAUUAAGUCGUUUUGAGAUACAAACUAAAUUCAACCAAUACGUUGGUAAAUAUUACUUAUUAUUAUAGGUACGAUUCAAGAAUCAAAACGUAAAUAUAUCGCUUCAGAUCACUUCAAAUGAUAGAUUAGAUAGAUGUAGAUUUGUAUUUUGUAGAUAGUUGUCCACUUCAACGCUCAGUUUACUGACUAAGACACAGUGCGCAACACCGAAAUGCCUGUAAGGCUACUGUAAUUACUAGAUAUUAUUCCUGGAAAAUAUGUAAUAAAAAUCAAGUAAACUGUUUUUCUGUUCAAUAAAUUCGGAGACAAGAACAUACCUUCUCAAUCUUUUCAUAUCUCAUACAAGUAACAGAACUCAAAGUAAAUAACCAUAACCAAUCGAAUACGAUUUACCGUCAACAAUAUAAAAUUUUGGUCAGUCUGAAAACACGCGUCUUUAUCCUAAGUACCUACGUGCUUGACAAUUAUUAUACGGAGUUCCUUCAAUGGCUGCGAACAUCAUCAGUCUUCACAACUGAAAGGAAACAUGCUAACGUAUCGGCAUUUAUUGGUUUUCAGUAUGUGUGUAAUUAAAUGCUCGACUGAUAGUGCGGCUCACGACAUUCACAGUGCAAUUAAAAUAGGCAAGAGAAACCACUUAAUCGAGUGUUCACUGGGAAAUAUCGUUCAAAUUUGUGUACCAAAUGCACUUAAAAACAUAAAUCUAAAUUAUGAAUAUUACAUGAAUACGCCAAGCGGUGAGAAUAUCAAACUAGAUGAUAAAAUCUAUAAUUAUUAUUGCAAUAAUGAAAAUAGCGUAUUUACAAACGAAUUAACCGAUGAAUAUAAUAAUGAAAACAUACAAAUAGACGUGAUAGAUUCUUAUAAUGAUGAAGAUGCUUUGGAAAGGGAAAAAUCACAGAAUCUUACUGAAGAUAAACAGACAAUUAAUAUAGGACCGUUACGAGCACAAGACCACGGCAACUGGAUUAUAUCAAAGUACUACAGAAAUGAGCGAAAUGAGUUGGUUGAAGAAUAUCAAACGAUUUCCAUAAUUAUCAUAGAAAGAAUCCCUUCCCAGCCACAGUUUAUAACUCUUCAAACGGGAGAUGACUUUCACCUAAGCUUCCCGUACUCCCUUCCGAACCUUGAGACAUGCCAGCUAUUAUCCAAAACAGCUGAUAGAUAUUACGAACGAGACCAAAAUAGAUUGAACCUUUGUGGCUAUGUAGUGAAGAGUGUUACCAAAGAAGAUAUAGGGCUUUGGGAGAUCAAGGCAUCUGGUGAUAUAGAGUAUGCGACCAGUGUAUACUUGGAUGUUUCAGGUUGAACAUAAAAGCUAAUGUAAAUUAUGAUUUAUGAUGAUAAAUAGUGCAAAUUCUUUGCUACCACCAUCUAGCGAAGAUUUAUGGAACUAUUUUGCAGUCACUUUUACUUAUGCAUGGAUGGCCUUACCACAAAAGCUAGACACACGUAGGACGUAGGUAUAUGAUAAGCGGUGUCAAACUCUUUAAUUAAACGUGCGUUAAAAAUAUAUAUUAUUUUAUGUUAUAGACCUAAUUAAGCUAUGCUAACUAGAUUAAAACUUGUUUUUUGUAAGUAGUUCCAAUUUUAUUAUCAGUUCAAUACUUAAAUAUUUACA